GCGCUGGCGGCGGGAGGAGUAAAGAUGGCUGCGCGGGGGUCUCCGCCUUCUGCUCCCGGUUGAAUCGCUGGGAGGGCGGCGGCGACCAGGCUAGCAGCAGCGGCGGCAGCCAGGGCCGGGGCCAUGGCGGAGCUGGAGCACCUGGGUGGGAAGCGGGCAGAAUCGGCGCGGGUGCGGCGGGCCGAGCAGCUGCGGCGCUGGCGAGGCUCGCUGACCGAGCAGGAGUCUGCGGAGCGGCGGGGCUCCGGGCGGCAGCUGCCGUCGUCCCGCCGCGGGGGGCCUCGGGUCCGCUUCGAGGACGGGGCCGUCUUCCUGGCAGCCUGCUCGAGUGGAGACACGGACGAAGUGAAGCGGUUGCUAGCCCGGGGAGCCGACAUCAACACGGUCAAUGUCGACGGGCUGACAGCCCUGCACCAGGCUUGUAUUGAUGAAAACUUGGACAUGGUGAAGUUCCUAGUGGAGAACAGAGCCAAUGUAAACCAGCAGGACAAUGAGGGCUGGACUCCUCUUCAUGCAGCAGCUUCCUGUGGCUAUCUUAACAUAGCAGAGUAUUUCAUUAACCAUGGAGCCAGUGUGGCUGCAGUGAAUAGCGAAGGUGAAGUCCCCUCUGACCUUGCAGAAGAGGCAGCAAUGAAGGACCUGCUCCUGGAGCAAGUGAAGAAGCAAGGGGUGGAUCUGGAGCAGUCAAGGAAAGAGGAGGAGCAGCAGAUGUUGCAGGACGCUCGCCAGUGGCUCAAUAGUGGAAAAAUUGAGGAUGUGAGGCAGGCUCGUUCGGGGGCCACUGCCCUCCACGUGGCUGCUGCCAAGGGCUACUCCGAAGUUCUCAGGCUUUUGAUCCAGGCUGGCUAUGAACUGAAUGUUCAGGAUCAUGAUGGCUGGACUCCCCUCCAUGCUGCUGCACAUUGGGGGGUGAAAGAAGCCUGUUCUAUCUUGGCGGAGGCGCUCUGUGACAUGGAUGUCAGGAAUAAACUGGGCCAAACUCCCUUUGAUGUGGCUGAUGAAGGGCUUGUGGAACACUUGGAGAUGCUCCAGAAGAAGCAGAAUGUGCUUCGAAGUGAGAAAGAGACAAGAAAUAAACUCAUUGAAGCAGACCUGAAUGGCAAGUUGCAGAGUGGACUCUUUAAAAACAAAGAGAAGAUUCUGUAUGAUGAGGAAACACCCAAGUCCCAAGAAGCAGAGGAAGAAAUUAAGGAAUCUAGCAGCUCUAGCUCAGAAGAGGAAGAAGAAGGCGAAGAGGAGGCUUCUGAGUCAGACACUGAGAAGGAGGCAGAUCAAAAGCCGGAGGCUGUUGUCAACCACUCCAGCUCUGAAGCAAAGAGCCCCGUCAUGGAGCAGAUACCGCCACCCUCUCAGAACAUCUUCUCGGCUUCUUCUGCCAGAAGAUUCUCCUCUAGUCUCUUCAAUAAGGCAGAAGAGCCCAAGGAUGAAUCCCCUGCCUCGUGGAGACUUGGGCUCCGGAAGACCGGCAGCCACAACAUGCUCAGUGAGGUGGCCAGUCCUCGUGAGGCUUUAAGGGAUCGAGGCUCCUCCAUCUACCGUUCCUCAUCAAGCCCCAGGAUUUCUGCACUGCUAGACAACAAAGAAAAGGAGAGGGAAAACAAAAGCUAUUUUUCCUCACUAGCACCCCGGAGGCUCAAUAGCGCAAGUGACAUUGAGGAAAAGGAAAACAGAGAAUCAGCUGUUAAUCUGGUGCGGAGUGGCUCCUACACUCGGCAGCUUUGGAGGGAUGAAGCAAAGGGAAACGAAACUUCUCAGACUGGUGCUCCUUCCACCUAUGUAUCAACCUACUUGAAAAGUGCUUCAUUUGGUAGAAGUAGUGACCCCACCAGUCCCUACAUUUCAGCCAAUCGCAAUUCAUCUCCUGCUACCUCACCCACUACCAUUGGUUCAUCUACCUCUCGAGGCAGCCAGUGGCAACCUGCCUCUUCCUGCCCUACACCAAUCAGUGCAAAUACUACUGCAUCCGUUCACCAUGGCAGAACUCCUUACAAGCUCCAUGCAGAUUCAUCUGUGGAAAAAGCUGCAGACAGUGUGUCCUCUGGCACCCCACUGUGUGUGAUCACCAAUCGCCCCCCGCCUAGCACUGCCAAUGGGGUUACAGCUGCCAAUGUGCUCUCAACUACUGGGACAGACUCCUCCACAGAAGCCAGGGAGAGGAGGCGGUCAUAUCUAACACCUGUACGGGACGAGGAAGCAGAGUCCCAGCGGAAAGCUCGCUCCAGACAAGCUCGCCAGACCCGAAGAUCUACCCAGGGUGUCACUCUAACUGAUCUUCAGGAAGCAGAGAGAACCUUCAGCCGUUCCCGGGCAGAAAGGCAAUCUCAAGAACAGCCAAGUGAAAGAACGGAAAGCGGUCUGGAGGGACUCGGGGGAGGUGGUGAAAAGCAAGAGCCCCUCACAGCACUGACGAAGGAAACUGGAGAGAUCCGGCCACGAGGGAGUAGGAACUGGGAGGAGGAGGAGCCUUCUUAUGGACAACUGAGGUGCCUAACCCAGCAAGACAAGCCCACAACACCAGUUUCUCCUUCUGGGUCAAGCCCUUCGCUUUCCAUUGGAUCCUACCUCCUCCGGGCAAGUAGAUCCUCAGGCCUGGACUCUGAGAGUUCAGAAACUGCUACAAGCACUGCGAAGGACAUGGAAAAAAAUGAGAAUGAAGACCCAGAUUUGGAUGGCCAGUCCUCUAAGACGUCCAUCCGGGAGAGGCGCCGGCCCAAGGAGAGGCGACGAGGGACAGGCAUAAACUUCUGGACAAAGGAUGGAGAUGAAGCUGAUGUCACAGAAGACUUGAAAGAGUCAUGGCAUGAAAGACUUUCUAGGUUGGAAUCAGGAGGCAGUAGCCACACCACCACUGAUACCUAUAGUGACCGGGCUUCUGCAAAGGCCCGCCGGGAGGCCCGAAUAGCUUCUUUGACAAGUCGUGUGGAAGAGGACAGCCAAAGGGAUUAUAAAAAACUCUAUGAGAGUGCCCUGACAGAAAACCAGAAGCUGAAAACCAAACUGCAGGAGGCGCAGCGGGAACUGGCAGAUGUCAAAUCUAAAUUGGAGAAGGUGGCCCAGCAGAAACAAGAGAAACCCUCUGACCGCUCAACACUGCUGGAGGUGGAGAAAAGGGAGAGGCGAGCCCUGGAGCGGAAAAUGUCAGAAAUGGAGGAGGAGAUGAAGAACCUCCACCAGCUUAAACAGAUUCAAACCCUGAAGCAGAUGAACGAACAGCUGCAGGCUGAGAACAGGGCCCUGACCCGGGUGGUGGCCAGACUCUCAGUGUCCAUCGAUUCCUCGGAGACCCAAGAGCUCUAGCUCUACCCCCUCCUCUCCACCUCACCUCCCUCCUCCACCACUCCAGGUUUUGACAGAACUGAAGUCCGACAACCAGAGGCUGAAAGAUGAAAAUGGUGCCCUCAUCAGAGUCAUCAGCAAGCUGUCCAAAUAGCAGUGCAAAUUCUUUGGAAAGCUGUCCAAAUUCUUUGGAAGGGAAAGCACUUGCUGUCCCCAGCUCCUGUUCCCCUCUGCUCCUCCUUCCAACCAAAAAGAGUCAAGUGUUGGUGAUUGAAGGAUCCCUGCCCUCCCACCUCCCCAAACAUUUCUUUUUCCUGCACACCCCAGGUCUCAUCUAUCCCCCUGUUUAGGAGAGUCUUCGUGGAAACACGAUGGUGGCAAUGAGGGAUGGCCAUCUGGGGCAGGAUGGAGCACCUCUGGAAGUGGGCCCCUGGCACUCCCCAUUGCUCCACCACUGUUCACAUUGCACUCAGUCCAGACAGGUUAUCCCCACCUCUACGUAGCACCAUCACAGCAAUAGCCUGGUCCAUUGGCCCUAUGUGUGUUGGGGGUAGGAGGGUGGAUCGGUAUGGAGGCUGCCAUCUGCUGGCCCAGGGACCCCACUGGGAGUGCUGUGUGCCCAAGGAAAACAGCUGGACUUUGAUUUAAUCACCAGACAACUGCCAGGGGCAUGUUUUUAUUAGACUUGGGUGACAGUUGCCUCACAGUGAGACUCCAUUCUCAUCCUCCCAGGAAACAUCUUUUCAUGGUGGCUGCAUGACUUCUAUUUCAUCCGUCUGGUAACACGGCAGAAGAGCCUUGGCCUCCACUUGCCCUUGUCCAGUCUCCCCCCACAGGGCUCAGGUGGCCUUGCUUCACUUAUUGUUUUCUACCUUUCUCUUUCCCUUCCCACUUGCCACCUAUCUAAAAUCCAUGUUGUAGCAUCUGAGCUCCUUUAGCCUUAGCUACUUAGAAUGGUAUUUCUUGAAGCCGUCAGGAGAAAAGAAUUACCUGGUCAGCCCAAAGCACCUGCUCCCGCUCCGAGGGUGGUAUCACAUACCAUGUAGGGUGCACCUAACCCAUUAUUCUAGAUGCUAUCUAGGCUGUGAAAACCCUAGACCAACCCCAUUCCAGGGAGAGUUUUAUUUUGUUUUGUUUUCCUCUCAGCCUUACCGUGUGUCCCUGACAGGAAAAUAAUCCAACAUAAGGAUGCCCAGGGAGAGGGAUGCAGAUGGAAGACCCAGGGUGGAGACAAGUUGGAAAGAGGCUUAAGUGGUAUUGGUGGGGAAUGACCAAGAAGACUAAAAGCAAAUCCCUGUUUCGGGGAUGAGGACUGAAGGAACUUAAGUGUUGGAAGGACCCAGUGGUCAGCUUUUAGAGGCACUUUCCAUCUUAAAAAUCAAUGGGGAAACCACUUGGGAGAGAAGCAAGGAAAGAUGGAUUGUCUUCAGACGAUUGAAGGGAAUUAUAACAUCAUAGAAUCCUAGAACUGGGAGGGACCAGAGGUCAUUUCAUCCAAGAUGAUCCAUCAUCCUCUAUUCCAGUGACAGGAAACUCACUAUAAGAAAGUGUGUUCCAUUAUCAGCUAGCUUGAAUGUUCAGGAAAUUCUUCCUAAAUCAAACACUAUGCUCCACUCACUGAUACAAUAUGCCCUCUGGAGCCAUAAAAUUAACCUAAUGCUUCUUCAUUACAGCAUUGAAAUAUUUGAAGACAAUUGUCAUGUACUUCCCCCUCCCUAAAUGUCUUCUCUAUGCCAAAUAUCCUUCAACUGUUCAUCCUGACAGUUUCCAGGCUACCCACUCUCCUGGUCACCAUCUCCUAGGACUAAUACUCUCAAUGUAGUGGGACCAGUGAAGCAUCUGGUAGAACUGUUACCUCCCUUGAUCAGGACACUCUCUUUAUUAAUGCAGCCUGAGAAAGCAUUAGCUGUUUUAGCAGCUGCAUCACACUGUUGGCUCAUAUUGAGUUUCUGGUCAACUAAACCCCGCCCCCAAGUCUUUUUCGCAGACAUGACUUUGGGGGCAUCAUCCUUGGUAUAUAAAAUUCAGUGAGUUUUCAUUCACGUCCAGUGAUCAAUUUUCUCAUGUAUACUGCCUCUGUCCACUCUGAAUCUCCUCCCUGUUCAUCAGGAUAGAGAAACUCUUCUUGGGUCUCUAAAGCAUCAGACAAUCAGGAGUUGCAUUUCAAGGGUUUCUAACUUUGUCUUCCUCAUCAAUACUCAGUUUUAUGGUCUGUGAAGUGACGUGUUGAUUCCUUUUCUAACCAUACGUCAAGGGAAGCUAUUCAAUGAUAUUUGGGUGACAUUUCAGAGUUGUGAGAGAUUUCACUUCAGAGUAAUGAGUGAGAUGAGUUGUACUAUAAGCAUUUACUUUAUUCGAAUCAAUGAGGCAGUCUACA